UGGGCAGCGCAGGCACCCUAGCGGCGGCGGGAGACCCCUCCCACCCCCUCCGGAGGCACAGGGCCGUGCUCGGCUGUCGCGGUCUCAGUCCCACGCUCCGCUCCCUGCCCGGAGCGAGGAGGCCGGCUCGGGAGGUUGAGUGGCCCGAGCUGAGAGCGCUGAGGGCUCUGGGCGGCGACGACGACGGCGUUGAUAGCGGCGGUAACGACGGCCUCAGCAGGCGGGGAAGAUGAAAGGUAGCCGGAUCGAGCUGGGAGAUGUGACACCACACAAUAUUAAACAGUUGAAGAGAUUGAACCAAGUCAUCUUUCCAGUCAGCUACAAUGACAAGUUCUACAAGGACGUGCUGGAGGUUGGAGAGCUAGCAAAACUUGCCUAUUUCAAUGAUAUUGCUGUAGGUGCAGUAUGCUGUAGGGUGGAUCAUUCACAGAAUCAGAAGAGGCUUUACAUCAUGACGCUAGGAUGUCUGGCACCUUACCGAAGGCUAGGAAUAGGGACGAAAAUGCUAAAUCACGUCUUAAACAUCUGUGAAAAAGAUGGCACUUUUGACAACAUUUAUCUGCAUGUGCAGAUCAGCAAUGAAUCGGCAAUUGACUUCUACAGGAAAUUUGGCUUUGAGAUUAUUGAGACAAAGAAGAACUACUAUAAGAGGAUAGAGCCAGCAGAUGCUCACGUGCUACAGAAAAACCUCAAAGUCCCUUCUGGUCAGAAUGCAGAUGUGCAAAAGACAGACAACUGAACAAAUUACAAAUGAACUUUCUUGCACUUGCUUGUCGCCAAAUAAAAGAAAGGCCCAUUGAUUCCCCCCCCCCCUUUCCUUUAAAGCUUUCUUCCUUCCUUGUUCUUGUUUCUCCCCCUUUCUUUCCUUUCUUCUAGAAGUUUCAUUCUUUCAAGGACUUUCAAAAAUAAUCAUGUUUGGAUUGUUUUAGUUCUCUUAUUUUUUGUGAGGUGGUUUGAUUGAAGGAAAGAGAAGGUAGAUAUGUAUAGUUUCAUAGUUAAGAUAUAUGGUCCCAAAAAUUUGGGUGUCAUAAUUUCAAAUUUUUUAGCUGAUUUUUUUUUUAAUGUCCUGCUUUCACAUUGAAGGUCAGAGCCUACAAAACCUUUCAUUUCAAAAGACAAAAAGCAGCAGCAAUAUCUUGUUCUCCAAUUCAUAGACAAGUUUAGUGUGUUUGUGGUACUUUGAAUUUUUAAAGACUAUUUGGGGGAUUAAUCCCUUGACAUUGCCUUCACUCCACCUUUAGUCCUUCCUUCUGAGCACUCUCAGGAGUUGAACCAUUGUUAUCCUUGUUAGAAGUACUAAGUUUAUUUUGGUUUCUAAAGCAAUUUAUUUCUUCUCUUGUUGGUGGAUGGGGCAGUUUGGGUAGGUAGUGUUAUACUUUGGUUUAAGUAUUUGAAUUAAACUGCUUUUUUGUUAAUGAGUGGGCUUGUUAGCAGGUUUUUUUUCCUGCUGUUGAUUGUUACUAGUGGCAUUAACUUUGAGAGUUGGGCUGGUGAGAUUAAUUUUUCUUUAAUAUCCCAGCUAGAGAUAUGGCCUUUAACUGACCUAAAGAAGUUUGUUGUGAUUUAAGUUUUUUCUCCUUUUCUUUUUCUUCAGUAAAUCCAGUAAUAGUUUCGUAUUAAAAAUGGAAUUGAUGUCCUUAUAGGUCAAUGCCCUUAAGUAAUCCUUAAGCAGAUGUUUCUUCUUGGACAUAUUAAAAAAUAACCUAAAAAGGAAGCAUAGAUGUACUUGUGGCACAAUAAAUGCAUUUAAUGUUGACUAA